AUGGACUCGCCUAAAAUCGUAUACAAAUAUUAUUCGAACCCAGCGUUCUGUUCACAGAGCGAAGUGGUCUUUCAGAAGGCAUGCGUUACCAAAAUAGUGGCACCCGACAGACCACGAAUGCCUCCGCUGGGAGGUAAUUCGCCGAGGAAGAUCGAAGUCUGCAACCGUAUAGUCAGAACGGAUAUUUCAGACAACCCAAUAAGGAUGUCUCCGGCAGGUCGUAACAGAGACGAGCCCCCGGAAUUGCCGCCGAAACCGCUCAAAUACCAGCCCAGGUUCCAGAGACAGGCGUCCCUGGUCCACAAGCCGACGAGACGCGUCCGAUGCAGAACUCGAAGCGAAGACCUAGAAAUGGCGCAAUUCAAACAGGAAAGGAAUUCAAAGCUUAAUAUCACGAUCCACAAUGACGGCGUCGACACGCUUAAGGAUCGUUACGAAAUUAUACGCGAUAUGGAUGAUUUUGAUUAUUCGCCGACAAAGAAACGUAUAGUUGAAGCAGAUCCCAGUGAAAUCGAGGAAUACAACGUGGACGGACCCGAUGAGAACGAAUUGAAGGAGAUACCUACGGAAAUUGUGAAAACGGUCAAUGGCAGAACGCAUAGAUACGCGAUCGUGCCCACAGAUGACGUCGAGCCGGUCAGAAAGAACGCGGUGACAUUCAGUUCUCCUGUCAUGUCGCAACAGAACCUGAUAGCCACGCAGAAACUUCACGAAUUAUUGUCGACUCCGCGGAAAUUGAGAAGCUAUCCCUCACAGCCGUCUGUGAGGAUAACACCUAAUAAAAACCAAGCGAGCCCCAUUAAGUACGGCACGCCUCAAAGAAUGGUAUCCAGCACUCCGACCGACGGAGUGGCUCGAUCCAGAUCGUGCGCCAACCUCACUCUCUCACGGAACACAUCGCCUAUUUCGCCUAAAGCCCAACAGAAGUUGAGUUAUGGAAUUGGAGACGAUGCGGACAGGCCGGACGUGUUUGUGACUAGCAUCCGAGAGAAGAGCAGGGACAGUUUUGAAAGAGACUUAAGCAGAGAGAGCAGAAGGGAGAGGAGAAGAGACAAGAAUACGGCUGUUAUCGUACCAAGAGUGGCACCACCGCCGUCGACAAUAUCAGAAGACACGUACAAGUCCAUAUCAAGCUUGAAGACGACUCCGGGCACCGCAUCAUUGACGAUAGCAACGCUGAUAUUGACCCUCUGCGGAGGACUCAGCACCGGCCUAAGUUUCUAUAUGAUGUAUGCUAUCGGUCGCAAAUAUUACCUAGACUUUAGCGUGCUAUCGGGGUUCACCUGUUUCAUCCUAGGACUUUUAGGUUUCAGAUCGAAAAGACACAGGUUGUUACCUAACAGGAAUUACGUGUCAGGGUACAUAGUGCUGUCGUCUUUCUCGCUGCUCAGCGCUUUCGGUCUGCUUGUUCUGCUGUCGGUACAGCCGAAGUCCGGAACGCCACUGAGCGAUAUAACAUCGGGCGCGGUGUGCGCUGUGUCCGUACUCGCGCUGGGCGUGGCCUGUCUGGGCGCCGUCGUGUCUUACUGCUGCGCGAGCGACCCGCCAGACAACAGAGUCGCCAGUGUACGUUAUUGAGGUUAAAUGGCAGCU